AUGUCCACAGCUGAACCAGAUGACAGUUCCACUGAUCCAGAAGAAGUUGACUUGGUCCAGAGAUCUACUUGUCCUCACGGCUGGUUUGCAAUCAACAAUCGCUGCUUUCGCUAUGUUUCCAGACCCAUGUCUUGGACUACAGCUGAGAGACGCUGUCUGUCCAUGGGAGCAAACCUUGCAUCAGUUCAUGACAGGAGCGAGUACCGUCAGGUUCAGUCUCUGAUAAGAAGGGCAACUCGCCGGUCUGGAAGAGCAUGGAUAGGAGGCUCUAACGCACAGGAGACGAGCGUUUGGUUGUGGAGCGAUGGAAGCCCUCUCCGCUAUACAAACUGGUGUCCCAGAGAGCCUAAUAAUUGGAGAAACAAUCAGCACUGUUUGCAGAUGAACCAUUCAGGUGGAAAGUGCUGGGAUGACCUGGACUGUUCUGUCCGUCUUCCAUCUGUCUGCGCUAAGGAAGUCUGAUCAGUCUGAGGUUCACAAAGAUGCUUAAAACAGAAUCUGGUCGAAGAUCCUUGUUACGCGUUUCUGUUAACCUGCCUUUUUACAGCCUUGUGGCUAUCCUAAAAGCUCUUUCUGCUUCUUUGACUUAAUAUAAUUUCUCAUUGAUGGUACCCAGUGAA